AUGGUGCGCGCAGGUUCACGAGCUCCCUCGGUGGGGCAGAGCUCCGUGGCCAAGAUCCGCGACCGUCGCAAGAAGAACUACAAGGUCCAACUCGAAUCUGUCGUGACCAGAAAGAAAAAGCUCAAACUUCACGACAUUCAAGGCUCUGCAAGGCCAAAAGAAGGCUACACCUUCCUCCCUGUUGGCUACGCCGAUCUAGCCGAGCGUUGUAAAGAAAAAUCAAGACAACUAGGCGUCGACGUGGCUGUUGUCUCCGCUGGCACGAGACGCACUGGACCCGCCGACCCCCAGAGGCUCACACAUCACGUCCAUCGCGUUGGUUAUCAUUUCCGCUCCGACAUCUUUGAUCAGGCCUGCAACUUCUUGGGCUACCGAGAAGUCAAUGGCAAGUUGAUACGCGACACUGGUUUUGACACUACCUCCCGCUUCGAGCGAACAAUUGCACGUUUUGCUCCUCGCCUCGAGCUGAACGCCAACAACCGAUCCACCGAGCAGAGUACCAAAGUCAAAGAAUACAUCCGCGAACUCUUCCCAAAGAUCCCCGAAGAAGACCUCGAAGAAAUUUACAAGCGCGCGUGGGAGCAGGGUACUACAACUGUAGGUAAUGCAGCAGAUCUUUCGCUCUCCAGACAGGUACAGUUGGCCACGAUAGCUCGUAUCAGGCAUACAUACACCGACUACGAUAAGCUGCUCAAGAUUGUCAGCUGGAAGGAGGCUCGCCAGAUUGUUGAGCCCUUUUCACUGACAAAGCUGAUUGAAUGGCGCGGCGAGAACGACAAUGAUACUGAGGGCUUUGAGGAGAUCCUUCGAGAGACUAUUGUCAUUGAUGACGAUGAUGAACUAGAUGAUGCUGAUAGCGACACUGAUAGCAACAUCGCCUCUGGAGAUGAGGGCAGUGACACCAGCUUGGAGAUCCUCCAACAGACUCUGGCUCCCAAAGAUCUCAACGUUGGAGUCGGCGAAAGGACACGUAACGCUGUCACUUCUGCGGGACGCGCGACUGGCAGAGCUUUGCCCGCGGCUGUCCAAACUCGCUGGCAGAAUGCCCGCAUGCAACAGCAGCGUGCUGAUCAGGCCCCCACGCCUCACGGCCAUGGUGGUCAGAUCUCUGUCCCUCUCGACCAACGAGGUAAUGUCCCGCGCAAGGUUGUCUCAGAAGGCGUUGAGUAUGUACGGAUAUCGUCGAGUCCGGAGCCCGAGAAGGAGCCAUAUCCUCAACGCAGCAUGCCUGGUGCGUGGCCUAAGAGUAGCGCCAUGCCUGCAUCUGCAUAUCAUCAAGCUCAGGUGACCCAUGGCCAUCUUGCUGCUCAGGGGCUUCCAACUUCCAGGGCACCACAGCAUGUCGGCACGAGCCGUCCAUCUAGUGAUCUGCCUAUGUGGGAUCGACUCGAAAGGCGACCCGUGUAUCCGACACUCGGAGCGCCAGUCGUUGAUUUGACCUCCUCUCCCGCUUUAAGGGGAGGAUACGGAGAUAGAAUCUCAUACGCAGGGCCUCCAGAGUUCGGAUUCCGUCCUCUUGAGCUGCCUGCACGUGCCGCUGCUUCUAGAGAAGUGCAGCAUCGCAACGUGUACAGGCCAGCUGUGACUGACGAUGAUGUAAUCUUCGCCGGAGCGCAGAGCAGAUCACAAGGCCGCCAAAACCAGCCGUACAAUCAUGGGGGCAUCCACAAUCGCGCUGAGGUGGUCAGGCCAGAGGACUAUCCCAUUCCUUCUCGUGAAGUACCUCAGCCCGAAUAUCCGGUGUUGGACCCACAUUAUGGUGACACUCAGAGAAUGGAAGUGAACGUGAGACCUCCUCCUGGCAGUACCCUGCAGACAGGAUCUACACAGCGUCAACCUGUAUUUGGUCAACCAGCGUAUCCUCAGAUGAGAUCGCAAACGGUGGCAAUGCAGGCGGUGCCUCGCCCAGUGCAUGGCGCGCCAGCUGCAGUACAGCCAAUGCCAGCUCAGGAGAGAGCACCAUCUGUUGGUCAAGGACCUUCAUUCGGCGCACCAUCUCCACAGAGAUUCUUCAUGGGCAACAAUUAUCAGGCAUAUUAUGUGCCUGACAGAUGA